AUGGAACCAGGUCCGGCACAUAGACGACGUCGGCCGGCUGUCUCAUGCACCUCCUCCUCCUCCUCCUCCAUCUCCUCCUCUGCACUGCCGCACGCACACGCCUCACAGCAUCAGCCGCGUCCCCCGACCAGCAGCAGUACCAGCAGCGCCAGCACAGCCCGCCAUCUUGACCUUGCCAAGGUUGAUCUCCUUGGCUUUGAGCCCGACGCGUUUGCGGGCAUCGGCCAGAUCGGCCUCGACUGGCAACCCAACUGGCAGCAGCAGCAUCGUGGCCUCACGCCGCCCACGGCCUUCUUGGCGGAGGCGGAGGCAGAGGCGGAGGCGGAGGCGGAGGCGGAGGCGGUCGACUACUUUCCGGUCCCGACCUUUCCGAUCGCGGGAAGUUGUAUCCAGAAGAGAGCAGAUCUGCAUCAGACGCCACGUGGAUAUCCCGGUUCGCCGGAAACGACGCGUCACAGUCCCGCCUGCCAUCCAAUGGCUGUCUGCUCAGACUAUGGUGACGACGUCUGGUGCGCAACCUUGGGGAGGAUACCCAAGCUCGCCUCCCUUGUCGACGGCAUGUCCAAGACGGAAGACGCCGCCAAGUCUCAGCAGGAAUCGCAGUAUCGCCGCACACGCAAGGGCGACGAGGGCGACGACACCCCGAGCCUGCCACCGCUCGCCGGUGUCGUCAUCAAGCUACAGCACCAAGCCCGGCUGGAGAGGGAGCAGGGUGAUAGGCAAGGCUUGGCUCGUCUAUCACCGCUGCUAAGACGUUCUUCCAAGAUUCAGCAGCUCUUGCCACCACGUCAGGCCUGCAGAAAGCUCAUCAACGCGUACUUUGAGACCUUUGGCUCUGUCCUCUGUAUCCUCGACGCGACGGAAUUCUUGGACGACUUGGAGCGACUCUGGGAAGGAGGGGACGCGACCCAACCUUCGGCCACCACGGAGAGGGAUGAGUUCCACGACGAGGCUUUUGCUCACAAAUUGCUCGUCAUCGUCGCGCUCGGCUCCGUCACCUCCCCUGGCAAUCACGGAGCGGGCGGUGGCGCUGCGGAAGCGGAACGGACGAGACAGGCAAGCCGACGAAACCAUGCCAUCAUAUGCGUGCAAUACACCCGGCAGUGGCUGGCGGAGAAGAUGGCGAGAGGGAUCCGUGCCGAUAUCGACGUUGCCCAGAUCCUCUGUCUUCUGGCGCUCGCACGUCUGACGCAGUUGCAUACCGAUCCCUCGCCGCGCCGGCCCGGCAGCAACAGUGCAAUACUGCUUACCGGAGACCACGACCUCGCGCGUCUGGGGAUGCAAAUGGGACUGCACCGAGAACCACCGCAUUCACCGUCAGCUGCAAACACCACCACCGAGACGGAGAUGCGCAGGCGGCUGUGGGCGACUAUGCUCGAGCUGUCCCUGCACCAGUACCUGGACGCGGGCCUUCCCCCGCCCCUCGGCGCCGAAGGCUAUGGCUGUGCAGCACCUUCACCCGGCGAUCCCGAACAAGACUUCAGAUCGUACCUGGCGCCAGGCGAUCAGCGAGUGCCCGCAUCGACCAUGCUUGCCGCGCUGUCGCGUACGCAGCGCCUGCGACUUCGGAUUCUCCAACACCUGCAUGCUCCGGAUGGGAGCGCGGGCACCUCGGAGAGUCACCAUCUCGCCAUCGAGCUGACCAGAGCCUGCAACGCCGAGGCGAGCCGUCUGCUGCGCUCGGACGCGGUGCCGCCGCCUACGCACUUCCAACUCUGGCUGCUCAACGUCCUGACACGGCCCUUUGUCCUCGUCCUCAGCAACGUGCCCGGCGGCGGCAACGCGGAGGACACACUCUCCAGCUACUUCUUGCGUCGUCUGAGCAUGGAAAACGUCGUCUCGAUCCUGCGGCCGAAUCCUCACGAGGACACGCCGAGCCCCAACAUGCACCCGCACACGCCUGCCCACCACAACCCGCAAGCGGCGCCGCAAAGUAGACAGGGCGCAAUCUCGUACCCGUUCCUCCCGACGCCGAGCACGGCCGGGCCGAGCGACGAGAGUGCUUCACGGUACGAGGGGAUGCACAAGGCUGCGCGUGCCACGCUCUGCAUGCCCGGCGGCGGCUUGAGCUACUUCGCCGUGGUGCACCGGCAGCUCGUCGCGACGCUCUGCGCAGACGUGGUGGCCGAGAUGCGGCAGGGCUCGCCGCUGUUUCCGAUGCUCGACACGACCAUGCGUCACGCCGUCGUCGCCAUCCUCGCGGACGCAGUGGGCGAGUACCGCGAGCAGGUGCGCGCCUCCGGUGGCGUCGACGCGUGUCGCGAGCUCGUCCUGUUCGCGGCCGCGCACGGUCUCGCGUCGGUAUUGAUCACCCGCGGCGACUCUGACGCUGCGCACGAGGUAGACGCGGCCACAUGGGCGGCGCUGCGGCAUUGCUGUGCGGCGCUCGGCGAGCCGGCGGACGGCAUUCUGGAGAUGGAGUGGCAGCGUAGCGCGGCGGACACGGCGGCGGCCAAGCCACGGCUCAGGAUGGAAGGCAUGCUGGACGUAAACGAGGAGGAUGGUAAUGUAGACGCGCAGUUGAUGCACAAGGUUGAUUUUCUGCUCGAGCAGCAGGAUCAUCGAGUCCGGGGGCUGGAUCUAGCCGCGGUCGAUACGGAGAUUGCCAACAUGUGGGCUUUCGACGACGACGAGUCGUACUUUUCUAUAGACAUUACACUGUGA